AUGUUUAAAGUUUCUCUAUUACCAUUACAAUACUAUUAUACUUCUCAAAGUUAUUUCAGCCUUGGUGAUCAUGAAGCUUCGGCAAGUUUCAACGUUAACAAUUGGGUUCUAGACACUAAACGUAACAAUGAAUUGGCUCCAAAAACGGUGACGGUUCGUAGGUUUCUGGCUGACAACUCCGAGGUACUUCACGCGGUCUCACCGGAUAACUGUCACUACCAAGGAUCUAUUCAUGGCGUCCCUGAUUCUACUGUCGUUUUAAACACCUGUAAUGGCCUUAGAGGAAUCAUUGAUGAUGGAAAGGACACUUUUCAUAUCGAACCUCAUGACAACCAGAAGUAUCAAGGGUAUCAAAACGACACAAAAACCGUGAUUGAUAAAGUUCUCACUCUUUGCAACGCAGUUGACGCAAUUUACCAACGCAUCAAUGUCAGGAUUGUCAUAACAGCCAUCGAAAUUUGGACCAAUGGUGAUCGCAUUGAACGUCGAACAUCUGGCGGUGCAGAAUUAGGAACGUUUCAAGCUUAUCGACAAAAAGAGCUAAUUGGUAAAAUACCUCAUGACAAUGGGCAAUUUCUUAGUAAUCAUGGAUGGGGUAGAGUUAUUGGAAUGGCAUAUGUCGGAACAAUGUGUAAGAGAUUAUCAUCUGCUAUUAACAAAUGGUCUUUUGGAAGCGUUAUUGGGCCAUACGUCACUCUGGCUCAUGAAAUGGGUCACAACUUCGGAUACGGUCAUGAUUCAGAAUAUUGCAAAUGCCUAACACCAAAAGGAUGCUUCAUGGGUGGACAUAAGACCCGCGUUCCUGGUUUUUCCAAUUGUAGUCUGGAAUCUAUGAAACGAAUCAAUGACCAAUGUCUGUAUAACAAACCAAUGGUGCUGCGCCCUCAGUGCGGUAAUGGAAUACAAGAAGGGGAUGAAGAGUGUGAUUGUGGAACUCCAGAGAUGUGCAAAAUAAAAGAUCCCUGCUGUCAGCCACAUGCAUGUAAACUGAAGCCCUCGGCUGUUUGCAGUGACUUACAUCAUUUUUGCUGCAAGGAUUGCCAGUACAAAAGACAAGGAACUCUUUGUAGACCUGCCGAAACAGACUGUGAUGUACCCGAGUACUGUCCAGGAAAUGCCAGAGAUUGCCCCGCCAACAACUACAUUCAAAAUGGAACACCAUGUAAUUAAACCCAAAAGGUUGGUAUAAUAUACGCCUUGCACAAAAAGAUAAGACUUUCAAAAAGCUUAUGGUAUCAAUAGUGUCCUACACAGUUCCCUGCGC